UUAAAAUAAACAAGUAGUUAGAAUAUAAUACUCUUCUUAACACUGGCUCUAGUAGUAAAAACCCUAGAAUUUGUGCCUCCACAAGUAUAAUAUAAUAUCGUGGUUAACAUAGAGUACUACUUUUGUAACUCGACAAAUCGAUCAAGUUUUCAUUGUAUCGUGCUCCGCGUAUUACUGUUGUCGUACAGUACUGUUGCCUAAAACGUAGCUUAUUAUUACAAUACAGCCUGUUGAAUGUAGGCUUCUAACCCAGCAGCCCAGGUUUACCUUCAGAAUAUUUUCAAGACAUUGAGGAACGACGAUAUUGUCUUGACGGUAGGAGGUCGAGACAUUAUGUCACUAGAGGCGAUGGACGUGGAGAAUUCCGAAUGUGUAAUUAUGAUAGAUUAGAAAUAAAUAAAUAAUUGAAAUACUUAAAGGAAACUACCCUUUCCUUAAAAUCUCCAUACCCGCAAGUUGACUGUCCUGACUUCUAAUUGCAGAAAGCAAUGGCUCUGAAGACGAGUUUAAAUAUGAGGUGGCCCUGGAGCCAGGGUGCGUAGACCUGCCUGUGGACUGCACUGCAGAUGAGGAGGCAGAAGACCCUUUAAGGAUGGACAGUGGGUCGGAGGGAGCCGACGAGUUCAAGUUCGAGGUGGCCGUGGAGCCCGAGUGUGUGCUCGUGCCCGUCGAGAUCGAGAGCAUUCACGACAAAUCCCGCCCCUUCCUACUCCCGCUUUGCGAUCACGACGCCGCCGACACCACAAACUCUGAAGAGGAGUUACAGGAAACUUACACAGACUCUCCACAAAACGCAGAGAACGUCUGUGACAACUGCGGGAGAGCAUACGCACACAAACGAAGUCUGAUCCGCCACAUGGUGAUCUGUCUACCCGGGACGACACCUAACCCUAAUAUAGUCACUCAAAGCACUACCAGGGCAAAGAAAUUUACCUGCGAAAUUUGCCAACAAACGUGUGACGAUUUUGAACAUUUAAAAAGUCAUAUCCGAAGCCACACAGGAGACAAACCAUUCACAUGCGAAAUUUGCAGCAAAGAAUUCGCACUUUUAUACUAUCUGAAGAAACAUAAGCGAAUUCACGCCGGGGAAAUAUCAUGUGAAGUGUGCAAUAAAGCAUUUGCAACACCUAGUCAUUUGAAACGACAUCAAUCAACUCAAAGGUGUGCAAAGACAUUCUCGUGUAAGCUAUGUGACGAGAAAUUUGCAACGAUAAGUAGUUUCAAUAUCCAUCAGCGAACUCACACUGGUGAGAAAAUAUUCUCUUGCAAGAGUUGUCCGAAGAAGUUUACGAGCUCGAGCAACUUGAGGAUACACGGGUAUAUUCACACGGGGGAGAAGCCGCACAAGUGCGAGUUCUGCAGCAAGCGGUUCACGCAGGUGAGCACUCUGAACAACCAUCGGCGGGUACACACAGGUGAAAAACCAUACUCAUGCGAAUAUUGCUUGAAGAAGUUUGCGUUUUUAGGCAAUUAUAAGGCACAUAAACUUAUUCACUUAUAAUAACGUUAAAGUCGGUUUAGAAAUGAAAUAUUGGAUGAACACUUUAAUAUAUAAUGGUCGAAGGGCUAAAAGAUAUAAGUUGUAUUAUUUAUGAAAAACAAAUAAAGAAGAUGUGUAUA